CCGACCCGACGCAUGAUACUCCAUCGAAGCUGCUGGUUGUAUAAAAGGCACGCUCAAUUCUCGAUCAUCAAACAGUCACAAAUCGUCGUUUCAUCGAUUAAAUUAUUAUUAACUCAGCUCCAAAAAACAACCAAAUCACCUUUCAAUAUGUUCAAGUUGUUGGCCAUUUUCUCAAUCAUCGCUAUCGCCUAUGCCGCUCCAGGAGUCGUGGUAGCCCCAGUGGUGCACCAUGCUCCACUUGUCCCAGUUGGACAUGUCAGCCAUUCGGUAGUACAUCCAGCUCCAGUGGUUAGACAUAUUGUCCCAGUGAAGACUAUUGUCCCAGUUAUUAAGCCUGUCGUUGCCGUGCAUCCAGUGCCAGUUGUUAAGACCAUUGUGCCAGUGCAUCAUCCAGCUGUCCUCGUGCAUCAUUGAGGAACUUAUAAUCAUCUUAAAGAUAAGAAGGUUAGCAGCCAGUCACGAGCCGCCAUAAUUUUAUAUACCACAACAAAAAAGAAAAACAUUAAAUUCCAAUGAAAUAAAAACAAAUCAACCCUAAA